AUGGAAUUACAUACAGGUAAAAGUUUCGAUAGUGACAAUGAUCAAACAAAUCGACAACGACAAAGUGGUGUUGAAGAUACGUUAAGAAGUGAUCAUAGUUCAAGAAUGGAUUUCAAUAAACAUGGAAUAUUUGUUGAACGUACACUUGCUUUAAUUAAACCAGAUGCUAUUAAUACAGCCGAUGAAAUUGAAACAAUUCUUCUUAAUCAUGGUUUUGCUAUUUUACAAAAACGACGUGUAACAUUAACAGCUGAACAAUGUUCUGAUUUUUAUAGUGAACAUUAUGGAAAAAAAUUUUUUCCAAGUUUGGUUGCAUUUAUGACAAGUGCUCCAAUAGUUGCCAUGGUUUUAACAAAAGAAAAUGCAAUUCAACAAUGGAGAGAAUUAAUUGGACCAACAAAUUCAAUUGUUGCAAAAGAAACAUAUCCUGAUAGUAUUCGAGCAUUGUUUGGAACUAAUGAACAAAAGAAUGCAGUACAUGGUAGUGAUAGUGCAGUGAGUGCUGAACGUGAAAUUCGAUUUUUCUUUCCGAAUUGUAUUGUUGAACCAAUUCCAAUUGGACAACCGGCAAAAGAUUAUCUUGAACAAAAUGUUAAUAAAACAUUAAUAAAAGCAUUGACAGCUUUAUGUAAAGAAAAACCUCAAGAUCCAAUAUUAUGGUUAGCAGAUAAAUUGAUGGAAAUAAAUCCAUAUAAACCAAAAUUAAGUCAAGUAGAAAUACCAUCAUCUUUUGAUGAUAGACACGUAUGA